AUGAAGAGAAACGAGGCGCUUCUGGCAUCACCGAGCUUGCAGAUCAAGCUGAGUGGAGCCAUUCCCGCCAGCUUCCCUGUCCCCGGUCUCCGUCUCCUAGGUGGUGGGAAAUUCAACGAGGUGGCGGCUAAGAUGCCAGCACCAGACCCACGUGGGAUCGGCUUCCUGGGCUGUGGAAUCGCCACCAUCAGCAUCGAGGCACGGGUCUCCUUGCUCUGCCCCUGGGAGGCUGGGGCCCCGGGAGGCCCCGUCCUUGGAGGCCCCGUCCUUGGAGGCCCCGCCCUGGGAGGCCCCGCCCUUGGAUGCCCCGCCCCCAGUAGCCCCGCCCCCAGUAGCCCCGCCCCUGAGAGGUCCGGCCCCGGGAGGCCCCGCCCCCGGGAGGCCCCGCCCUUCGGAGGCUCCGGCCCCGGUGGCUCCCGGGGCGCGAGUCGCUGGGAGAGGCUGGACCGCGCCCGCGUGUGCGGAGCGCCCGUCAGGUUCUCGGCCUGCACGGAUCGCCAACAAAAGAAACGGCGUCGGCCCCGGGGCGGCCUGGGUCCCGCCUAUUGGUUCCCCACACCCGCGGUCUGCUUCUGUUCCGAGUCUGGGGGCUUCUACGCGGACCUGUGUGGACGGUGUUCUGUUUCCACCCCUGCGGGCCCGUGUGUGAACCCCCCCCUCCCCGGCUCAGAGGACCUGGGGGAGAGGAGACCCUCACCCCUUCACCAUCUGGGGAAGCGCCAGCAGUCGGGGUCUUGUCCCUGA